AUGCCGAAAUCUGCCCCAUCAAAAUCCCACGGCGCACUACAAACGAGGGUCAACAAAGGCGGGAGUCCUCCCAAAACACCCCCGACCAACACCGCUCGAUCUGCCCCAUCAAAAUCCCUUUUGACUGGCAAGCCCUACAGCGCACCACAAACGAAGGCCGACAAACGCGAACGUCCUCCUAAACCGUCCCCCACCAACACUCUUGCCCUUCGGUCUCAUCCGGAGGGCGAUGUGCCCCACAGUUCCGAGCUCUCCCCACCUCCACCUCCCCCUUCCUCUCCGCCGCCAGCCCCCAAGCGAGACCCGGAGGACUUGUAUGAGGAGGCUACCGAAGUAGACACGCCCCCUUCGCUGACUGCGGAGUCUUCCAAAGGAACAAGCAACAGCCAGAAGAAGAAGAAGGAGAAGCAAGAGAGCAAGAGGAGGAGACUCUCAAAGGAAGCCACGCUCAUAUUCAGCUCGCAAGUAUUUCAACCCAGCCCCGGAGGAGGCGAUUCGGAAGUGACACUCGACGACAAAUCCUUCCCAGCAGGCCAGACGUCUGAAAAGACGGUCAACGGCUCCUCUGUGCUGGUUGACAGAUCCUCUUCCUCCACCAUCGCAGUCAUCUCUCGAAAGCCCUCGCAAGGCCUCUUCUCCAGCUCUAUUCCGGCCCCGCUCCCACCCUCCCCCUUGCCCCGCCAAACCUUCGACGAGGCCACCGAAAUUGGCACGCCCCCAUCGCAUGAUGCACACCUUCUUCACCCACUCCUCGACGGGCGCCCCUCCGCUCGCCUCUCCCCUCCUCAUCUCCCGACGAAGAGCGCGAGGUCUUUGAUCCCGAGGUCAAGGACCUGCUUCAAAUUUGGAAUCCCCACCAAUUUGGAAGAGUGCAGGAAAGCAUGGGACUCACUCUGGGAUGAGGAUGUCUGGAGUGGCCGUAGCUUGAAGACUCUGAGCAGCGCUAGGCAUAGGGUGCUUCUGUUAAAGGUCGAGAAGAAGCAGAAGGGUGCGGUCAAAGAGCUGGGCCGCUUCAAAGUUCAUCGUGCUCGACUUCACCGAUGGCUGAUCAGUGUCUGUCGACCGUUCUGGACUGUUCUAUCAGGCGGCAUCCACUCCCUCAUGGAGCCGGGAGAUAUCGGCUUCAAUAGCGUCUUUGCUAAGGCGAUAUGGGGCAACAAGAGCACGGAGCUGUACCAGUACCUGCGGAAAAUCAACUCCUACCGAUCGGACAUCGAAUACAUCUCUUUCAAGAUACACUGGACCAUCCUGAAGCUGCAAACCCGUGAUCUGGGAUGGGACUUCUCCACUGGCCAGCCGAAGGACGCCUUCAAGGAUCGCUGCCUUGUCAACCUCUUGUCGAACAAGAAGCUGAAGAAAUUACUCGAAAACAUCAUCCACCAAGGGGCGUGCCUUUUGUUCUACUCCGGAUGGUCUCAGAAAGCCUGUCUCGAAGAGGGUGCGGUGCGGUUCAAGCAGAAGGCGGUCCACGACUACUUGCGAGACGCUUUUCUGGAGGAAGGGAUCUGGGAGCAAACGAGGGUCGACGUCUUUGAGCGACAGUGGGCGGAUCCCGAGCGAAAGGAGAAGGUCACUCCGCUCCUCCAGAACACCAACAAGAAGGAUCCUUCUCUGGAGCAAGAACUGGCGAGGGCGAUCAUCGAGCGUUACAAGGAGGCUCGGGAGGUGGGCGAGGAUGUCUCGAUCGAGAAAGUCGAUCCCGGGGACAAGAUUCAUGCUCGAGGAGGUCGCGUCUUGCAUCCCUUCGCCCCUGCGUACGACCGAUUCGACCGCCAGAACAACGAGGUCGACCCCGCCGCGGCAGAAUUCUUCAAGUUUGACCGCAACCUCCGCCGCCACGCCCGAAGCGAAGGCAACUCUUUCAUGGAGAGUCGUCUCCCACCUGUUGCUGAGGGCUCCAGCCAGUUCGGAGGCCGAGAUUGGCACCACGUCCAUGGCGUCAAGAUGGUGACCGCUGGUCUUGUCGUUAACCUCCCCGACCUCAUCGAAACUAUCGACAACGCCUUUUACGGCCUGAUGCUCCCAAAGCUUCAGGAAGCGCGGCUCACCAUCCCCAACCUUCGCCAACGCCUCCUCUCCAUUGCCAUAUCCCUGUCCCCCUCCGACCUCCCCACCAAAUCGCUCUCGGUCCCGCCUGGAAUUGUUGCUCGCUCUGGUCUCGAAGGCAUCAGCUCCGAGUUCCUUUACUUGGUGCCGACCGAGUCCCAGAAGAAGGCUAUGGUGCUGCAGGUAGCAACAGAGAUCCGUGAGGUUGAAGAGGUGGAGGCGACGUUCGAGAGCAAAAAAGCUGGGUUUCCAACGGAGGCCGACGCUUUUGAGCGGAACAGACGAGACCUUACCCCAGUUGACCUGGAAGCGGGCUUUGAGGCUGCUGAGAAGCUAUUCAAGAGAGACUGUACAGCUCGAAGCGGUGAAGUCAAAAAAGAUGCCGAGCUCGUCCUCACCUUCCUCGACGACCUCUACGUCCACCCCUCUCUCCAAGCCCCCCAGCCUCAAGCAUCGUUCAGCCUGAGCCAGGUCUCGUCAGUCGUCUGCCGGCUCUUCAUGCGAGUCGCGCACCACUUUUCCUCGCGCAACGAGCAAAUAGCGAUGGACUUUCUGGAGCUGGCCUUCGACGUGCUCUUCCUCGGCAUCCACAUGCGGACCCCGGUCUUUGGAGGCGCGUGGCUUGAUCUGCGCAUCGCCCAGAUUGGCGAUAAAGUGUGGGAUGCUAAAGGAGUCCGAGAGCUGCCCGCCGUUAUCGCCCGUCUCGUCGUCGACCUCGUUGCAGUCGACAUCAAUCUGUCUGUGCUUUGUGCAAGACAUUGGCGCGUGGGUGGUGAUCCGACUGUUCGUUUGAGCUGGAGAUCUGUUCUGGGUGACGAUGCGAAGAACCUUCCGGCCAUACAUGCCAAGUUCAUCCACCAUCUGAUCCAGGACCAGGAUCGAAUCUGCGGCAUUGGUCAUUGUUACGAGCUGCUGACGGAUGACCCGCGUCAGCGGCUCAUUAUCAAAGGCCAAAGCAACCCCUCGCGCAAGUCGUUCGUCUCGGUUCAGCAGCACGUCCCACGCAGCAACGUCGACCUUGGUGAUGGCAAGCCUUCCUUCCCAUCCUUCGACUGUGCUUGGGUUAUUGGCUGCUCUCCCUACAGCCAGUCUGUAACAAUCUGUGUCUCACGGUAUGUUCAGAUCAUCCAUACGACACAGCGAAAGGCCGGGGGAAAGGGCCAUGAAGGUGCCUUGGUCAGGUCGUCUCGCAGAUUCAACAUCAACAUGACCUCGGCGUCUGAAGCCCAAGACAGAAAGGUCGAGUUGGUGGAUGACGAAGACGAGGAUCAGGUGCUGAGACCGGGCGUUGCUGAGGGUGAUGAGGACGAAUACUGGGAAGCGGAAGGUCGGGGAAGGCGGUCGAUGGACGAUCUCGAGGAAAGGGUGGUUGUGGAAGGCUCGUCGAAGGACCACCAAGUGUCUAGUCUUGUGCCGGGGAGUGAGUUGAGGAGGCAAGGGAAGCCUGAGAAGAGCAAGCGAAAAGCUGCUCCGGAAUUCUCGACCGAGACAACCAAGCCGAAGAAAAGCCGAAAAGGCAAGGAGAAAGCAGAGUGA